CUCGUGUCAAAAGCGGGAAGGUCAAAAUGGGGGUAGGUGGAUGUGGAUCUGGCUGCUGCUUCAUUACCAGUGGGACUAGCCACUCCUUCAGUCACAGUACUUUUCCCUCAUUCUCCUCUAUCCAGCUCCACCAUCAAUCACUCUCACUCUCACUCUCUUUCCCCAAACACCACCUGAAACUCAUCAUGUCUCAACAUCUUUCAGUCAGUUCUUCUCCCAUUGUUGAAGAGGUCAACGAUUCUUCCAGCUUCGAUUAUCAUCAGAUUGACCCAGAACUGCUUGAAAACGUAGUUUACGAUGCUCUUGUUUAUGCCACUCUCAAUGGUCUCCUCGUUGGUGAUAAAUCUGUUCAGAGAUCAGGAAAAGUUCCUGGUGUGGGCUUGGUGCAUCUCCCAUUUUCCUUAUUACCCCCACCAUUACCUGAAAGUUACUGGAAGCAAGCUUGUGAGUUAGCCCCUUUAUUCAAUGAACUUGUUGAUAGAGUUAGUUUGGAUGGAAAAUUUCUUCAGGAAUCUCUCUCCAGAACUAAGAAAGCUGAUGAAUUUACCUCUAGACUUCUAGAUAUUCAUUCCAAGAUGCUAGAGAUUAACAAGAAAGAGGAAAUACGCAUGGGAUUACAUCGUUCAGAUUAUAUGCUUGAUGAAAAGACUAAAAGACUUUUGCAAAUAGAGAUGAACACUAUUUCCACUUCUUUUUCUGGUGUUGGUUGUGUUACGACUGAACUUCAUAGGAACAUACUUUCUCACUAUGGAAAAUUGCUUGGACUAGAUUCCAUAAGGGUUCCCGCCAAUUCUGCUACCAAUAAGUUUGCAGAGACCUUGGCUAAAGCUUGGUUAGAGUAUAAUAACCCCAGGGCUGUGAUUAUGAUUAUGGUUCAACCUGAAGAACAUAACAUGUAUGACCAACAUAUGAUUUCUGCAGUUCUAAGAGAAAAGUAUCAUAUUCCAACCAUACGAAAAACGUUGGCAGAAGUUGAUCAAGAAGGAGCGGUUCUGCCAGAUGGAACACUCUCCGUGGAUGGACAAGCAAUUGCAAUUGUUUAUUUCCGGGCUGGCUACACACCAAAGGACUAUCCUUCAGAAUCAGAAUGGAGAGCUAGGCUACUGAUGGAACAAUCCUCUGCUAUCAAAUGCCCUCCAAUAUCUUAUCAUUUGGUUGGAACCAAAAAGAUUCAACAGGAACUUGCGAAGCCCAAUGUUCUUGAGAGGUUCUUUGAAAACAAAGACGAUGUUGCCAAACUGCGCGAAUGCUUUGCAGGAUUGUGGAGUUUGGAUGACUCGGAUAUUGUUAAACAAGCAAUUGAAAAGCCUGAGUUAUUUGUGAUGAAACCCCAAAGAGAAGGAGGAGGAAACAAUAUUUAUGGUGAUGAUUUGAGGGAAACCCUCAUAAAAUUACAGAAAUCAGGUUCAGAAGAAGACGCAGCGUACAUCCUGAUGCAGAGGAUAUUUCCAACUUCUACCGCUGCAAUUUUGAUGCGAAAUGGUUGUUGGCAUAAAGAUCAUGUCCUCACAGAGUUUGGGAUAUUUGGUACUUAUUUAAGGAAUAAGGAUAAGGUUAUCAUAAAUAGUGAAAGUGGCUAUAUGGUCCGCACAAAAAUGUCAUCAUCUGAUGAAGGUGGCGUUUUACCUGGUUUUGGAGUAAUAGAUAGUGUGUACCUCACUUGAGGAAGCCAACCCCUAUAAGUGUAAUCCAAAGCAUUUUGGUGAUGAUGUUUUCCACAUUAUCUUUCAAGUCUUCUUGAAAGAAGUGGGAAGGCCUUGUUGAUUGUUUUGCUUUUUGCUUUUUGUGGAUUUUCCAUGGCAUGUUUACCAUCUAUUGCUUUUUUCUGACAUACUGUUCUAACCUGUUCAUCUUAUGAAAUGGAAGUUUGGUGAGAA